UUCCCUCCCCUUCCGGGCCCCCUCCACCCGCAGCCCACGGCCUGAACCCGGGAGCUUGCUGCACCCCUGGCUAGGGGACAGUGGCCCCGGCACUGGUGGCCCCCCCAGUGUCAACAAGCCUGGGGCUGCCUUCUGCCCAGCGGGGUGCACAGAAUGGACCUCUCCCCAGGGAGCAGGGCAGGGGGCUGCCAGGACUCAAGGACGGACGGAGAGGGAAAAUGGGCCAGACACCCUCGUUCCCCCCACACACACUUGCAUACACAUUUCACGUGCCUGGCAGAUGAGAGUCAUACCCAGAACAGUGGCCCAGCUGACUGGUCCCUGGACAGUGUGGCCUCCCUGCCCUCACUCCCCCCACCCCCUCCCUGUUUACAUUCAUAGCAUCUGGGGGCAUCCCGCACCUGGGCCCUGCCACCUGCUGCGUGACGUGGGUAAAUAGCCCCUCAGAGCUGACAAGCAAGGCUGGAGUGAGACCUGCAUGGGAUGACGAAGGGUCUCCUUGCUUAAAACACCCCCAGGGAUGGGGGCUCCUCAGCCUCUGCGGAGUUCAGUGCAGACUGCCCGUCGGGCCCUGCCUGGGCCUGCCCCUCCCAGCCCACACAGCAGGUCCCUGUUCCCUGGCCCGCCUUGGUGCCUUUGCACACAUGUUCCCUGCUGGGCCACCCACCCUGACCCACUCUCCAAGCUUCUGCUCCCUCUUCCUGUCCAGUAGUCAUGGCCUCUGCUGGCCUCCGCGCCCACUGCAGGGGUUACUCACGGGCUCUGUGCCUGCAGCCCUGGGCGGACUCCUGCCCAGCCUCCUGCCCUGUGGUGUUGACUUGUUUAUGUUCCGACGCACUUCCUCUUGGGUCCCUCAGGAUCCCUCCUCUGGGUGGUGGCGCUGCCCGGUGCAGAGCCUGGCAGAUGUUUCCCAAAUGAAUUGUGGCUGCUUAGCUACACUGUGCACAUGGGCAGUGGGGGACCGGCCCAGUGCUGCCCUCGAGAAGCUCAUGGGCCCGUCCUGGAGGUUCCCCUACUCAGGCGCACCGGCCCUGCCUCCCUGGUGGCCUGGGUGGUGGGGGCUGCUCGGCGCGGGGGACACAGUCCCGAACUGGUGGAGGACAAGGAGGAAGCCUCCCCAGGAGAAGUGGCUUGAAGGCCUGGGGCAGGAGAGACAGGCCUGGACCCAGGGAGGGAAGGGGGCCGAGCCCUGGCUACAGAGGCAGUGUUCGGUCACCCGGGUGGGACCCCCAGAGGGGUGUCCUAGAGGGCCAGAGGGUCCCCUUCUGUCCUGAGGCUUGUCCUAGGUGCUGUUCUCUGGUUGCCUCCCCAUCGCCAUCAGGUCACCCCUCUCCCCGGGCUGCAGAGAGACAGGACCCUGCAGAGCGGAGGCCGCCUCCCUGCCCUCACCUCUGCAAGGAGGUCUGCAGGUAGCCCCCUACACACACUCAGCUGGCAGCGGGCAGAGCACCACCACUCCCUGUUCCAGAGCCCCGCUCUGCCUCCCCGUGACCUGGUGCGAAGGACCACACCUUUCCGGGCCUCGGUCUCUCAUCUGCAAAGUGGGCAUCACCCCUGGCACGGGGGCAGGGCGAGGAAGGACGGGGCUACUGCAGGAAAAGCGUGGCCACUGUGCGUGACUCCUGGGAAGCGUUCAUCGUGUGUGUCGUUGUCGUGACACGUGAAGCAUCUAGAGCAGCCUAGCAAGUGGGUCAGUCAGCCCGGCAGGUGCCACCGCUGUCGCUGCCCAGUGCCAGCCUAUGCUCAGCAGACUCCUGACAACUCUGAGAGGCGGGCCUCGACACCGGCCUGCUCAGCAAUGAGGAAGCUGAGGCUCAGACAGGUGAAGUCACUUGCCCAAGGUCACACAGCUGGGCCCUGGAGGAGCUGGCAUCUGAACCAGGUACUGUUUGUUCUCUCGAUCCUGGGCUCUUCAUCUGCAUCCCAGCUUCCUGCCCUCCCACCGCAGAAGUGCCCAGGGGCUGGCCCCGUAGACCUUCCGGCAGCUCCCGCCCGACCAUCCCCAUCCCUUACCCGGGGUGCAGCCCCCAGUCCUCGAGAGCAGAGCACGGGACAGGACAGGGCGGGCUUUCUGGGGAAGGGGCGGGGACAGGACGGGCAAACCGGUCGGGCAGCUCGACUCCCAGCUCCGGGGCCUCAGCAGUCGGGCCUGCGCUGACAGCGGAGGACAGGUACAGCAGCUCAGCCGGCAGGGAGCUGGGGCCGCGAGGCUGCCAUCAGCAGGCCCCCCACCACCAUGCACAAGCAUUACACGGUCCACUUUGCCAAGGGUGCCCUGCCCCCCGGUACCCCCACCGAGUGCUACUUCUUGGACCCGGAGUUGGGGCACCAAAAAGGAUGCUGUCACCAGAGGUGCUGUGACCCAGCGGCCCCUGGAGCCCACAGGCCCUGCCGGCCACCCCCCAAGGUGCGCUGGCAGCUGGCCUACCACAGCCAGGAGGGCUGUGUCAGGGCCCCCCUGCCCCCCAUCCUGCAGCAGCAGCAGUGGCAGCCCCAGCCUCCACCUCCCAGCCCCCUGCGGCAGCGGCUCUGCCCGGUUCACGGGGCCCAGAAGGGGCCGCCUGCAACCGCCACUGCCCCCAUGGGACCGGCCAGCGCCCCCCAGCUGCCCCCCGCGCCCACCACCUCAGCCACCGCGGCACCCGCCACGGCCAGCAGCAGCCCCGGCCUGCGCUCUACCGCCGGCGCCCUCCUGCAGCCCAGCCGGCCCUCUGCCGCCCGGCCCCUGCCUGCCCCACCAGCCUUCGGCCUCUUCACCUCCUACAGCUCCGAUAUCCUGACAGAGGAUGACGUCUACUGCAGCUGCCUGGCCAAGACCCUCUGCCACGUGCCUGUCCCCGUGACGGUGGGUUUCUACGCCUCCUUCGGCUGCCGCCUGCACAUGAUGCUGGACAAGAUCACUGCGCUGAUGCAGCAGGAGGCGGAGCAGCGCGAGGCCGAGGAGCUGCGGCGCGUGCAGUGGCGGCCGCGGUCGGUGCGCGGCUGGGGCUUCCCGCAGCUGCUGUGGUACCUGGUGUUCCUGCGGCCUGUCAUCACCGAGGUGCACCUGCGGCGCAAGAACGUGAAGUUCCUGUUCAUCCGCUUCAGCGCCUGGCAGUACGCGGGCACCGACAAGCUGUGGGCCGGCCUGGUGACCACGCUGUGCGAGGGCAUCCGCCACCACUACGGCGCGCUGCCCUUCAGCGUGUACUCGGUGCUGGGCAACAAGCCGGGCACGUCGCCGGGCCUCUGCCAGCGCGAGUGGCACUGCCGGCUCCGCGUGUGCCUGGCGCUGCUGGCGCUGCUGGCCGCGCUGUGCCUGGGGGUGGGCCUGCUCUACCUGUCGGUGGGCGCCCGCGCGCCGGGCCACGGCGGCGCCAGCCUGCUGCGCGUGUUCGGCGGCGCGGCCACCACGCUGUCGGGCUCGGGGCUGCUCAUGGCCGUGUACUCGGUGGGCAAGCACCUGUUCGUGAGCCAGCGCAAGAAGAUCGAGCGGCUGGUGUCGCGCGAGAAGUUCGGCAGCCAGCUGGGCUUCAUGUGCGAGGUGAAGAAGGAGGUGGAGCUGCUCACCGACUUCCUGUGCUUCCUGGAGAUCUACCAGCGGCGCCGGCUGCGCGUCGUGCUCGAGGUCACCGGGCUGGACACGUGCUACCCUGAGCGCGUGGUGGGCGUGCUCAACGCCAUGAACACGCUGCUGUCCGACAGCCACGCGCCCUUCAUCUUCAUCCUGGUGGUGGACCCCAGCAUCCUGGCCGCGUGCCUGGAGAGCGCCGGCUCCAUGAAGGGCACGGCCGACAACGGCUACCUCUUCCUCAACCGCACCGUCACGCUGCCCUUCUCCGUGCCCAUCAUGGGCCGCCGCACCAAGCUGCGGUUCCUGCACGACGCCGUGCAGAGCCGCGACGACCUGCUCUACCGCGAGCUGACGCGCAAGCUGCGGCCGCCGUGCGGGGGCGCGGGCGGCGAGGGCGAGGAGCUCCUGGAGGGGGAGACGCAGGCGGGGGGCGAGCGCGCGCAGGGCCGCAUCGACGCCGAGGCGGCGCGCCGCAUCCAGGAGGCGCUCUUCUGCCUGCACGACGAGCGCGACUGCCUCUACGAGUACGUGCCCGACAACGUGGUGUCCAUGCGGCGCAUCGUCAACACCGUGCCCAUCACCGUGCGCCUGCUGCAGCAGCAGCAGGGCAGCUUCGGGGGCCCCACGCCGCGCCAGGCCGUGGCGUGGGUCGUGCUGGCCAACCAGUGGCCGUGCCGCCUCAGCUGGGCGCUGCAGUGCCUGGAGGACCGGCAGCAGGCCGGGGGCGCGCCCGAGGCCAGCGCGCGCCUCUGGGACGUGUUCUGCGACAACAGCUGCGAGCUGCACACUAUGACCAAGGCGUUGCAGAACGUGCUCGACCUGGACGGCGACCCCGAACUUUUCGAGCGCUUCCUGGGCGCCGACUUCCCCUUCACGGUGAGGGAGGCGCAGAGCCUGCUGCGCUGCACCGUCAACCUGGACCACUCCAUCCGCCGCCGCAUGGGCCUCAUCCGGGCUGUCAGCGCGCUCAAGCCGCCUGAGCCGCCCAAGUCCCAUGCUGGCGACGACCCCCACGCCACCACUGGAGCCAACUCCCCUCGGGCGGCUGUGUCAGGCCACACUGCAGGGCACGCCCCUGCACAAGGCAACGAAGCCCGCCACCCCCGGGACCGGGCACACGGGGGCAAGCCAAGGACCAUGGCCUGAGCGCCCCUCCCUCAGGGGGAAUCCAACCCAGGUGGGCCUUGAAUGGAGGACUUGGGGGCCAGCAGGAGGCCACAGCUCUGUUCCCCCAGAUGAGGGUAGAUGGGGCCCAAGGUCCACAGACUGCAACCUGUUGUGGCCACAUUCCCCAGGUGAACCUGUGAGCUGGAGAAAGCUGCUGGCAGCAGCCACCAGGAGCACGGCAGUGUGUCAGUACCCGGUCUAAAAACCACACAGAAGGCCCAGUGAGGAACUCAGGGUUCAAGUGCAAUAAAUCAAGGUGUGAAAGCCCCCAGUGGUCUUCGUGCCGCGGUCUCCCCGGCUCAGCGAGCGCUGGGAACCAGGCUGCCCCGUCCUGCCAAGCCCGCUUCAGCCCCAGGGAGUUGCUCAGCCUCAGCUGGCAUCCUUGGUGGCAGGAGGGGCUGUGGGGGCGGCGGGCGAGGCCACCAGGCAGGGGAGAUGAAGAACGGAUGUGCAGUUGACUCAGGCAAUGGAGAGCACCCAGGCCUCAGGGCAUUGGGUCCUUGUCCCCAUGCCCUAGCCUGUCCCUCUGUGGGCAGGGCAGGAGCUGGCAUUUCCGAGGGUGGUGUCCCCGGUGACCUCAGCGGGCCGUUCCACUCUCGGGGUGGCUCCACCCCCCCAUAAUGGGUUAAUUAGGCCUCAAUGGCACCUUAGCCAGUGGGGCGGGCAGACAAGUCACUAUCCAGGGGUGCCUGCCUUACGAGUCACUCCAGGGCCACUUAAGGGCCACCUGAUGAACCCUUUGACAAAGACAGGGAAGUUGAGGCGCAGAGAGGGGGCAUGUGUAGGCCAUACAGAGUCGGAGCUAGAGCCAGGCCGAGCUGUGGCUUUCCCCAGGGCUGGACUCUGCCUGCCCAGCUCCCCACCUUCCUCUUCCACCAGUGGGACAGAGACCUAGGAUGCGUGUGUCACUCCUCCAGGCAGCUUCCCGCUCCUCAUUGGUCAAAGAGCCACACACUCAGGGCUGUGGCAGGCCCAGUCUUGUGGGGGAGCGAGGACCCACACUUAACCUACCCUGUGUGCCCCAAGGUCGAGGGCGUGACCUCUGAGCCAAGGCCCUGAGGGCUGAGGGGACAACCCAGAGGGAGCCAAGAGCGCUGCGAAGGCACCCACCCUCAGGCUAUGCGACCUGGUGGGGGACUGACCUCCUGUGCCUUGGCUCCAAGGCUGGGCGCGGCACCCCAACACCCCUGGCCAGCGGCUGCUUCACAGGCUGCAGGGCAGAGCGCGCCUGUGAUGGACAGGAGCUGUCAGGACAGAGGCUGUUCUCCAACCCCGGCGUGGCUAAGCUGGGGGGAUGAACCUGGACCUGCUGGGAGAUGCUUUCCAACAGCAGGGAGAGCCUGCACAAGCAGCCGCCGCGGAGAGCCCCUUGGGGCCUCGGGACACUGUUAGGUCCGUGUCUCUGGAGACGUGCUCGUGGAGCCAACGUCCCUUCCCUCGGGCCUCCCUUAAGCCAGUCUGCCUCGGGCUUCUGUUUUUACCACCUGAGGUCCAGGCUGAAAACAAACGGGGCCCAGGAGUGGGUGCUGCCAGACAAGACGAACCCGUGGCCUUGGCCGGAGGUCAGGAGAGGACUGAGGAGCCCCAGCCCCAGGGAGGAGCUGUGGUCCCUGUAUCAAGGUGCCGGGCAGUGGCCAACUGUUGCCUGUUUCUCUUAGCCUCUGACCACGUGCCUGCCAAAGAUAGUGAUUUUGGAGACCAUUAAAAAACAAAACAAAACCCAAACAGGAAGAGUGGCUGGGUGAGGCCCCCAGCACUCGCGGCCCCUCCAUAGUGGGAGGCUUUUCUGGAAGCUGAGAGGCCUGGGGCUGGUUCUCACUGACAGAAGGGAGUGAAAGUGCUGUGCGUCCCUCCCGACCGUGGCAACGAGUUACGCAGCAGGCCUGCCCUCUGCACGCUCCCAUCUGCCCGCUGGAGGCAGGGACGCCUGGAACCCAGGGGGCAGCAGAGCCGUAGGGGGGAGAUCAGCUGCCAGACCCUGAACUGCCAUGGGCGUGAAAAUAAAUGUCUCCUAUGUUA